ACUGACAACCGGGUUAAACCCAGGUACAAUGUAACUGCUCUCUAGGGAGUGGGACAAGAGUAUGAACGAAUCGAUACAUCAGUUUCGGAAAGUUUUAAAAAUAGAAAAUGAUUCAAGGAACCUGUACAUAGAUAUCCCGGAUCGUAAACUAGCAUAAAGGGUUGUCUCGUGCUGAUCACAGCAGAGAAAGAUCCAUGCGCGGAAUUCGUACGGUUUAGACAACUUGUAUUCUCAGUUCAAAUAUUUUUUGGAAGACGAUCUUACCGCAAGCUUUAUUGUGCAAUUAUCUGAAUUGUGUUAAGAAAACGAGUGUGACAGAGACGGUGAAACCAAAUGGCACCCCACAAUGAAAUUAUCUUUGAGCCUGACCUAAGUGUGUACAUCACUGGGAGCGUACUGAGGGGUCGAGUGUGUCUGCACACGGAUGAGAAAAUCAACACAAAAGGUAUUCAGAUAAACUUCAGAGGUGAAUGUAUAGCUAGGUGGGCAGAGGGCAAUAUUGUCUACAGAUCUGAACAAAUUUACCUUGAUCGGACCAUCGUGCUUCUAGACACAGAAAACGACGUGAAGGAGCUAUCCAUUGGCAAGCACGAGUUCCCAUUUCAGGUGGAACUAGAGGAUGACCUCCCCUCCACCUUCAGCAUCCCAUCCUUCUCCCUCCUGUCUGCCCACGCCAACAAAGAUGGCCGUGUUUUCUACUCCGCCACGUGCACGGUCGUCAGGUCAUGGUCGUCAAAUAUCGUGUUUAAACGAGAGUUUCGCGUGUUUCGGCAUUUAGACCUCAACAAGUUGACUGGAGGCAGGCAACCUGUCCAAGUGUCGCAUGAAAAAAACGUCUGCUGCCUGUGUUGUAUGUCCGGCCCCAUCCAUGUUGACUUUACAGUGGACAAACAGCUGUACGUGCCAGGUGAGGACAUCCGCUUGUCUGCUGAGGUGGUCAAUGGCUCCAACAGGAAAAUCAAAAAAUGUUCCUUUAACCUGAUAAAAAUAACAACCUUCCACGGCAAGCACAAUGCCACCGCGACUAUCGUGGAAAUCGUGGCGUCCAUAGAGAAACCUGGCAUCAUGGCUCGCAAGAGAGACAGCUGGUCUAAUGUACUGAUCAAAGUUCCGCAACUCUUUCCAUCGUACCUUCAAGGGUGCUCUGUCAUUGAUCUGAAUUACAUAGUAGAGCUGCACGUGAAGAUCGCAGGACCGACCACGAUGUUGAAGCCGGCAGUUGGAGUUGUGAUCGGGUCAAUACCCUUGGCUGGCACUGUACAGUAAGACGCCAGACAGUACAGAUGAAUGGAUCUCUUCCAGAACCUCAGCCAUUGCACAUAGUUCAAUGCAGUAAUUCGUUGUUUGGAGAACAGAUCAACUGAGGUUUUUUUUACACACACAUCAGGGAUAAUCACUCCUAUAUCCAACUAGUUUUUUCCCUUGUGUGUUCUCCAGCAACCGCUUCAUGGCUUGUUCAUGCUUGUUUGUGUCGCAUGAUUUAUAUCUUUAGGUAGUGGUCAACAUGGGCAUACCAUUGUGUUAGUGUGAAUAUAAAAUGUGUGAAUAUUUUAUGUUGUUUAUGUCUUAAUCAUAAAUAUUUACUCUUU